GUGACGCUCCAUUUCAUGCGAGAUGUACCCGGCAGAUUCAUGCCAAGGUCCUCGUUGGAAUCAAUAAAGUCACCUUCCCACCUCCGUGCAAAGGAGCCGCUGAAGAUCUCGUGAGGUCUCUCUGCAAGGAGGACCCAUCAGAACGUUUGCCGAUGAAAGAGGGUGGUGUGGCCAACCUGAAGAAGCACACCUUCUUCAAGGGAUUCGACUGGCAGGCCUUCGAGAAGCAGAGCUUGGAGCCGCCCUACAAGCCCCAGGUCAAGAACAAGAAGGACAUUGGCAACUUCCAUGCUCUGAAGGAUGACUUGCCGCCGCAGGUGCCAUACAAGGAUGAUGGCUCCGGUUGGGACAAGGACUUUGCCACCAGCACGUUCGACGAUCCGGAAGAGCAGGAAGCUGGACAUGAUCUGAUGACCCUGACACUGCUGACGCCGAGUGGAUUGCAGGUCACCCCGCUGGGCAACGCGCCUUUGCCUGUCAGAGUUCCGAUCGUGAAUCCGGCGCACGUAUCCACGCACCAGUUUACUUGA